UUAAUACUUACGGUACUCUCAGCACACGGGACUAUAACAUACAUAUCAGUGAUAAGGAGUCAGUCAUUGACCUAGAAUAACAGUCCAUAGAUCACCCCGGACCACUACCAAUGGCGCCACUCAUUGUCUGGUUAAGUUUUCUGGGCGCAGUUACUGCACAGUCUUGCCAGGUCCAUUCUGAUACUUUUGAGGCAGACUUUUGCCAGAUGAAGGCUGCAGUUGAUGUUCUUAAAGGUGACACGCAGCGGGUCUCUAAUAAUGAAGUAGAACUCUCCAAACUAUGGCACACCAUUCACGCAGAAACGAAGAGUAUUUACGACAACCGUAAAAUGAUUGAUGUCAUAAAAAGAAAUUUGACUGAUCUGAGCAUCGCACCAAAUACCAGCCCAGAUGUAAUGGAAAAGUUGCAUAACAUUACAUCGACUUUGGACGAUAAAAUGAAGAACCUCACCGACACUGUGACAGCUCUCGAAUUCCGGAUGAGGCAAUUAGAAAUAAAGUGCAGCAGCUGUGGCACGCGAGGUCAUCCGUGUGAUUUACAACCUUGUGAAAAUGGCGGAAAGUGUGUGGAGUUAGGAAAAGAUUUUUAUUGCGCAUGCCCAAUAGGAUUCGCGGGAAAACUUUGUGACGUAACAGAUCAUUGUGUACCAUCACCCUGUUUGAACAAUGGAACAUGCGUGAAUAAUGUUGUUUCUCAUACAUGCCUUUGUCCUCUUCCCUAUACUGGCCCCAACUGUACAAUCGAGCUGACCGUCUGUGAUACAAAUCCAUGUGCAAGGGGCAUGUGUGUUCCUGACGGAAGGAACUUCAAGUGUCUGUGUGACCCAGGUUUCUACGGCGAUCUAUGCAACAGCGUAGUCGACUUAAGUCUUAUCACUACAGCAUCUUCAACUUUACCAUCAAAAAGUACAAAUUCAACAUUACCCCCCAAAAGCACAACUUCAACAUUACCAUCAAAAAGUACACUCUCAACAAUCAGUUCUACGCCAUUAUCAGCAAAGAACACGACACAGUCUCCAACAGCAAGCACAACACAAAAUUCUACAAAAUUGUCGUCACAGGCCCCUACCUCCCCUUCAUCACUUACACCAGGAACAAAUAUUACUACUGCAACCGAUCCCUGUGCUACCCCGUCUGAAUUUGUAGAAUUAUUAAAUAUAAAGAAAGCAGCACCAAAACUCGUAGAUGAAGGACCAGUCCCAAGCAAAAGGAAAGCUCGAGAUAGGAAAAGACUGUGCAAGUAUCUUGAAAACAAACGAAUUAUGCGAGAAUUACCAUUCAGUUCUCUUCGAGACAAUCAUUUUCGUUCAAUAUGUGAUACAUCGUGUACUCUACGAGCUGAGCUGAAAAAUGUUAAAAUCCAGCUAUGCGUGUCAAAUAAAGAGAAUAAGAAUAUGGUGAUCAAAUUAUCAAAAGCGCAAUGUGAAAUCGAAAAACUUGAAAAUCAAAAUAUGGUUAUGAAAAAGAAGAUGCAAGAACAAUCAAACAAUUCUAAUGAUAACAUAUUUCGUGAGAAAAUUCGAAAACUGAAAGAAGAUGCCCAGGCGGACAAAGUCCUUAUGGACUUAAUGCAGAGGAAAUUAAACAACAUCGGAAAGGACUACAGUCAAUACGUAGUGAAAAUUCAAGAAGAAGCUGAGCAGACAGCAAAACAAUUAAGGGAGGAAAACAACGCCCUGCUACAGACCAUCCGAUUAUUUAAGGAUGAAAGGGAACAUCUGCUAGCCGAGUUUGUAGAAAAUAAACAAUAUCAUCCACGCAGAUAUCAGGGAAGACAAAGAAGAGGCCGGUUUUAUUGA